AUGGAUGAUUUUGAACCUCCUUCAUUCUCAUUAGGUUUCGAUUUCGAUUUCGAUCAACCCGAACCCGAGCCCCAACAAACUACAACACCACCAAAAACCACAAAUGGAUCUUCAUUAGCUUCUGGUUCGAGUGUCCUUGAAGAUGCGAAUGAUAAUGAAUAUGAAAACCUAACUGUGCUUGAUUCAGAAUCUGAUUAUGAUGAGUUUUUGCGGCCCAGGUUGAAGCGGUUAAGGAGAGGGUAUGUCGCCGAAAAUCACGGGGCCUCGGGUUCAGGUGGAAAGAAAGUUGAUUUGGAUUCUGUGAUGAAUCUUGUUGAUGUCGAUGACGAUGAUAUCGAGGAUUUUGAUUUUGAUUCGCCUCAGCGUAAUCGUAAAGAUGAACCUCUUUCAACACAGCACCGUUCGGUCUGUAACAGUUCAAAAAUCCCACUCAAUGGACAUGGGGUUUUGACCAAGCAAUCGGGAAAGAAAAAGCAAAGUGUCUCGAGUGGUCCAGAUUCUGUAAUCACAACCUGCAAUAAAUCACCGUUUCCAAAGUUAACUGUUAGUCCUCUUAGAAGGUUUCAGUUGAUCGAUUCUGACUCUGAUCCAGAUGACCCUUUUGUCAGUGAAGGUCAUACUAAAAAGAAUUGUAAGGAAUCAGAUUCUCAUAUGAAUUUGGGGCAACCUAAUCUCAAGCAAUGUGUAGGUUUAAGUGAGCACAGAAACUUAAAUAAACCAACCAAUACAUUUGCCCAGAAAGAUCUAUGGGAAGAUUUCCAACCACAGAAGACCCGUAUCCCGACACCUGCAUUGGAUCAGGUCUGUGAGGAAUAUUUCAGCUCCUUCAAAGAUAAAAGUACGCCUAAGAGUAACACUGUAAAGAGUAAUCAUGAUAGUGGUGUUACAAACAGUGUAAUUGAUUUGGAUGACCCUAAACCCCCUGCACAUCAAUAUUUUUUCCAUUGUGAUCCGAGGGUCCGAGAGCUAGUUCGAACUCGCCUGCCCAAUUUUUUUCCUUUAAAUGCAGUAAACCAAGAUUCUGAACAGCCUAGUACAUCAAAUAUUGAUUACAUGGGCCAGUUUAGCCAUGGGGAAAAGCCAAAACAAGGGUCUAGUACAAAUAAAUCUGAAACAAGUGCACGGAAAAAUUCAAGAAAAUCAAAGGCUUCGGAAAUGUCACAAGGUUUUUUGAAUCCUAAGGGUAAUAGUCGGAAAGAGAUCCCAACAGACGCUGGCAAAAGGAGGGUUCAGGCAGAUGGUCAAGCUUCUAAUUCUGGGCAUUGGUUCACAGGCUCAGAUGGGAAGAGGGUUUAUGUCAGUAAAAAUGGGCAAGAGCAUACUGGUCGAGCUGCUUACGUUCUCUAUAAAAAGGAAAGUGGAGGAUUAAAAAAUAGAAGGGCGAAGAAAGCUUCUUCCAAGAAGAAAUGACCAUGUAUCUGCCACGUGAUAUUGGUAUAUAAUCAUGUUGCAUAUCAAUACUAAGAUAGCUUGUUUGAGAUUACUCAAAGGCAAGUGACGCUGUCAUUAUCAGAUAAAAAGGGCAUAAAGAAGAAAUAUCUCAAAGUUCAACCUGGCGUUCGGACCAUUUGUUUAGAGAUAAACAUAUUUUAGACUUUAGGUAUGCAUAUUUAGAAGAUAGUUGAAGCUUGUUAGAAGAGAGUUUUUAGUUACCGAGUUAUCUUUUCCAGAUAAGAUGGUACCAUGUUUACUUCAA